UGGAUACAGCGGAGGGGGUGGGGGUGGUUCAAGGGGCGGCGGUGGUGGAGGAGGUGGCGGAGGGUCAUAUGGCGCCCCACCUUCAAGUGGUUACGGAGGAAGCAGUGGGGGUGGAGGAGGUGGUUCCAGCGGUGGUGGGGGAAGCUAUGGCGGUAGCGGUGGUGGUGGAGGUGGAGGGUCAGGAGGUUACUCAGGGGGAGGAGGCAGCGGCGGUGGGGGCAGCGGAGGUGGUGGAGGGGGGUAUGGAGCCCCCUCGCCAAGCACUCAAUAUGGUGCUGGCACUGGUGGCGGCGGCUAUGGCUUGGCCGGUUGAGGACAAAUCGUCGUAUAAUAUUUUUUGUAUUUCUUCCUUGCAAAAACCAAUGUAUUUAUUUAUGGAAACUUUUAGAUUUAUAGUUCUGCCAUAAUAAAACAAAUUACCAGACUAAUUAA